CCGAUCAACACCAUGAAGGCGGUUAUCAUUCUCUUCGUUGUUGCGGUAGCGACGGCGAACCGCGAUGCCAGGAUUCGGAACUACCAAUACGGCAUUGAGGAAGACGGAUCUUACGAAGCCAAAUUCGAGACCACCAACGGGAUCUCUUCUAACGAGGACGGCAUCUCGUACCCGGGCAGCGAGCCGGGGACCGGCAACUACGUGAGGACUGGCUCCUAUUCAUACGAGUGGGAGGGCGUCACCUACACCGUCACGUGGAUGGCCGACGAGAACGGCUUCCACCCGGAGGGCGACCACCUGCCCGAUUUCAGCCACACCCGCGAGCACAUCCGUCGAGUGUAAUCAACCAUUCACAGGGCGCACUAAUUUCUCACUACUUCCGGUGACUUCAUGUCCAAACGGGUUGGUUGAACCAACUGUGUUUGUAUUUGUCAUGAUCAGUAUGUUUACGUCUAGUCUUAGUUUACGUCCACGUCCUAAA